GCAAACAGCAUAAUACAAUUUCGUCGUCAAACUUCAUCAAUCCUUCAAGACAAAUUCAACCUAAAAAACAUUGUUUCAUCACAGGAAGGUCCCACCAAUCAUACACUACCUUCCAAUCAAACUUCAUCUAUCCUUCCUUCUCCUUCCUUCUUUUUCUCUCUCUUUCUAUCUCUCCAAAAUCGCCGUCAAAUUCGGGAGAAUUUUAAUUCCAAUUAAUUCUUCGUUCAUCGUUUUAAUAUUUACUAAAACUAAAAUUCUUUUGACUUCAUCUACAGACAUCAUCAUUGUUUUUGUAAUUUGAAUAAAUUCACUGAAUUUUUGUUCUCUGAAAUUUUCAGCUUUGGAAUCUUUUACAACUCUUUCUCUCUCCUUCUUAAUUAGCACCGACAAUUUGAUCAUUUGGAGUUUUUCUCUUUUGUGUGAUCUAUCAUAUAAAAUCGGCUAUUUUAGGGGUUUUAUGAAUUGAAAUGCAGGUGGAAGAGAAGGAAAAUUCAAAAAGGUUCGCUUGAUUUUAGAGGGUUCUGGUGAUGCUUGAUUGCUCGUAUAAAUUUUGAUCGGGAAUUUAAGGAAAUGUCGGGUCCUCUUGAUCGAUUUGCUAGACCUUGUUUUGAGGGAUUCUCUGGACAUGAUGAGAGAAGGGAAAGAAAAUCUGAUUUUGAGAACUCAGAGGAUGAGAGAAGGUCAAGAAACUGGUCUUUGAAGAAGAAAGCUAUAAAUGCUUCCACCAAACUGAAGCAUUCUCUUAAGAAAAAGAGUAGCAGAAGGAAAAGUGAUGGACGUGUCAGCUCAGUUUCUAUUGAAGAUAUUCGAGAUGUAGAAGAGUUGCGGGCUGUUGAUGCAUUUCGACAGGCCUUGCUAUUGGAAGAGCUUUUACCCGAUAAAUAUGACGAUUAUCACAUGAUGUUGAGGUUUCUGAAAGCAAGAAAAUUUGAUGUUGAAAAAGCAAAAAGUAUGUGGGCUGAUAUGAUUCAAUGGAGGAAGGAAUUUGGUGUCGAUUCUAUUGUACAGGAAUUUGAGUUUAAAGAGAUAGAUGAAGUCUUGAAGUAUUAUCCCCAUGGAUAUCACGGUGUGGAUAAAGAGGGUAGACCUGUCUACAUUGAAAGAUUAGGAAAAGUUGAUCCAAACAAACUUAUGCAAGUAACUACUAUGGAUCGCUAUAUAAAAUACCACGUUCGAGAAUUUGAGAAAGCUUUUGCAAUUAAGUUCCCAGCAUGCACCAUCGCCGCAAAACGACACAUAGAUUCAAGCACUACAAUAUUAGAUGUUCAGGGUGUGGGGUUGAAAAAUUUCACCAAGUCUGCCAGGGAACUUAUAACACGGUUGCAGAAGAUUGACGGUGACAAUUAUCCUGAGACCCUUUACCAAAUGUUCAUUGUUAAUGCUGGCCCAGGAUUUAGGCUUCUGUGGAACACUGUUAAGUCUUUCCUAGAUCCAAAAACUACCUCAAAGAUUCAUGUUCUUGGCAACAAGUUCCAGAGCAAACUACUUGAAAUAAUUGAUGCCAGCGAGUUACCCGAGUUCCUUGGAGGGAGUUGCUGCUGUGCUGAUCAAGGAGGAUGUAUGCUUUCUGACAAGGGACCUUGGAAAAAUCCUGAGAUCUAUAAGAUGGUUUCUAAUGGGGAAUCGCGUCGUGCAAGACAAGUUGUCAAAGUCUUGAGCACUGAUGGAAAGGUUCUUGCUUAUGCUAAGCCCCAAUAUCCAAUGCUGAAAGGGAGUGACACAUCUACGGCUGAGUCGGGAUCUGAAGCUGAAGAUAUUGCGUCUCCUAAGGCAGCAAUGAAUUACUCACAUUCGAGAUUGACUCCUGUUCGUGAAGAGGUUAAGGUACCUGGAAAAAAUGGAUUUGCUGGUAGUUAUUCAGGCUAUGAUGAGUAUGUUCCCAUGGUCGACAAGCCUGUUGACUCUGGUUGGAAGAAGCAAUCACCCAUUCCAAGAUUCUAUUCUUCAAAAGGGACACUGCCUGUGCUGGAUAAGAAGACUCCAGAAGGAAUUCGAGCUCGUUUAAUGAUGAUGAUUAUGACAUUCUUCAUGGCUGUGCUUGCAUUUUUCCGCUCAUUGACAGGCCUUGUGAAUAAGAAAUUGCCUGAUGCAUCUCCGAGCAGCGAGUCUAUUACUGAUGUCACUCUAGAUACGGUUCCCCAGGAAUCUCGCCCCCCUUCACCGCCACCAGCAUUUACUAAUACUGAUGUCUUGUCCAAUUUAAUGAAGAGGCUGGAUGAUCUUGAGGAGAAAGUUGACACACUUCAAUCUAAGCCUUCUGAAAUGCCAUAUGAGAAGGAGGAAUUGUUGAAUGCUGCUGUGUAUCGUGUGGACGCAUUGGAGGCAGAGUUAAUCGCAACCAAAAAGGCUCUACAUGAAGCUUUGAUGAGGCAGGAGGAGCUGCUUGCUUAUAUUGAUCGUCAAGAGGAUGCCAUGUAUCGGAAAAAGAAAUUUUGCUGGUGAGCGGAUUGUUCGGAAGCACAAGAGUUGGAAAGUCAAGAGCUGAGGCGUUUCUGGAACUGUCUUUUUCGUCUGAGAACAUUUGUUGUCAGUCUAAUUCUCUUUUAUCUUUCUCGAAAGAGCUACUGCUCGUAAUGAUGUAAAGAGAUGCAGUAAAUCUGUGUUGAUUUUAAAACCCCAAUUUCAAUUAAAGGGGUGGCUGAGAGAAGAAUUAUACUCCAUAGUUUUCAAUCUUCUGAAAACCUGUGUGUGGCUUGCUACUUCAAUACAUUAAUCUUUUCCGACCUUUUGAUCUUUUGUUCUUGAUCUUCCGAUCAUUUUGAAUCUAAGGCUUUCUUUAAA